CUUUAAAGUAUUAGGUGAACGUGAAUUGAAUUUUUCAAUAAUAAUGAUCAAACACACCUCUCAACAGCAGGAUGAUACUUACUAAUGACAGCUCAACUAGUAAAGACCCACUCGUCAUUUGUUACUGUUGUUGGAGUCGAGCAAUUUUAUCUAAAUAAAGACGAAUGUAAAAUUCCACAUUCAAGCAGUUCUUUCACUUUGUUGCGACAAGCCAUCAAAGAAAAGUUUGAAAAGUUAGAAAAGACAGAAAUAACUGAUCUUUAUUUUGAAUAUUUUCAUGGCAAUUCUAAAAAAAGAGAAAUAGUUGAAAAUGAGUUUCAUUUCAAUAUGUUAGUAAAUAAUAUUCAGCUGAAUAAUAAACAAGAACAUACUAUCAAUUAUCUAAAAGUUCAAGUAAAAGGAAAAAAGGCGUAUGGUUUAAUACAAGAUUUUAAUAAGCAUAGAAGAGUAAUAAGACCAAAAUUAUUACAUGGUGGAACUUGGAAAGAGUCAGAAGAAGAUAUUCAUGCAUUAUUAAAGAAAUCUUCAAUGUCUUGA